CAAUGUCUCGAGCAGCUCCGUCAGCUGAUCACGCAGCAUUUUUCGACUCCAACGACCUCGUCUGAAGUUGAUGAUGAAAUCAAAGCCAUGCUACUGGAUCCCCGUAUCAGCUCUAAGGCUGUCAAUCUCGUCUCGGACAGUCGUGUGUUCCGUCGCGCUCAAGAAGCUUUGCGUCAGGAGCAUCGCGUGGUUUUCCAGUUGCUUGCAGCUCGACCGAGUGAUGCUAGCUCAAGUACUGAAGAAGAGGUGGAAGAAGAUGAAGACGACGACGAAAUGAGUUCACUAUUGAUGGUUGAUGGACCAAAGAACCAGCCGCCUGCUGCUGCGUCGACUACGAGCAGUGGGAAACGUUCAAGUGAUGCUGUGGCUGAGGACGAGGCUCGUGCGUGGCGUGAAUGGCAACAAGUGUAUGUCGCGUGGGACACUCUUGCAACCGAGGGAGCAGACUUGUUCGACAAGGGCCAGUACAACCUGCUGAAGCUGUAUCACCACGUGAAUAUCCUGAAGUGGUUCCGAGAUGUUGGUCAGCAGGCGCAUCCAGCGGCGGCACUGCUCGCUCGCAUGUACCUUGGUCAGCAACGUCCUCCGUCUCGAGCUCUGGGGGCAUCCCUGUUACGGUUUUCGAAGCAGGAAGAAUCUGACUGGGUUUCAGGGGCUGCCGAGCGAGCAGAGAAGCGUUGCAUCCUUCACCACAACUGGCAUCAGUAUCAGCAACUCAGUGCAGGUGCAGCGGUUGUUUCCGCCAUGGAUGAAGACAUUAAGAUUACCACUAUCUGA